GUAGCCGCAGGAGCGGUCGUUUCGGGGCCUGAGGCCGGCUCGUCUGACCUAGGGCUCCGGAGCGCUGGUUUGGGCUGGGGUGGCGAGAGUGGGCAGGCGCGGGAGAUGGCCGGCGUCGGGGUCUGCGGCUCCGCAGCGGCCCAGUUCCGGUCGGGGCCGGGGAUGUCCGGAGCCCGUCCUGGUCCUCGUCUGUGGACCCCGCGGCGCCCCCAGAGUCCGAAGGCGGCGGCCGCGCUCAGGGGCCGGGCUCAGGGCCAUGUGUCCUUUGAGGAUGUGGCUGUCCACUUCUCCUGGGAGGAGUGGGGGCUCCUUGAUGAGGCUCAGAGACGCCUGUACCGCGACGUGAUGCUGGAGAACUUUGCACUGACGGUCUCCCUGGGACUUGCAUCUUCCAGGACCCAUGGAAUGACCCGCUUGGAGCAGUGGGGAGAGCCCUUCCCACUUGCCCGUGGAGUCAUGCCUGCAGCCAUGCCAAGAGGUCCCGGAGAGAAAGAGUCACUGCACACUGAAGGGGGGCCCUUUGAGGAGGAGCACCAAGGGAGCAGGCUCAACCAGGCAGGGGACAAGUUGGGAACCACGGGCAGGUGCCUUUACUGUUGUUGGCAUGCAGUGACGGUUGAGGCGGCCCCUUCUGAGCAGUGUGUUUAUGUAGAGGGAACGCUCAGAGAAAACCUUCACCACCACUACAACCAGCCCUAUGGAGAGACACCCUUAAGAGAAGAGGCAGAGGAGGGUGACAAGGACUUCCCUAACAGCUCUGGGCUUCUCAAGAAACAGAGCAGAGGGGAGCCACACAGGACUACCAAAAGUGGGGAGGCCUUUCAUCCUGGAAAAAGGCAUUACAAAUGCAGCAAAUGUGAGAAAGCCUUUGGUCAGAAAUACUUACUUGUUCAGCACCAGAGACUACACACUGGAGAGAAGCCUUAUGAAUGCAGUGAAUGUGGGAAAUUAUUUAGCCAUAAAUCCAACCUUUUUAUACACCAAAUAGUUCACACUGGAGAAAGGCCUUAUGGGUGUAGUGAAUGUGGAAAAUCCUUUAGUCGCAAUGCUGACCUCGUUCAACACCACAGAGUUCACACUGGAGAAAAGCCAUUUACAUGCAGUGAAUGUGGAAAAGCCUUCAGGCAUAAUUCUACACUUGUUCAACAUCACAGAAUCCAUACUGGAGUAAGGCCUUAUGAGUGCAAUGAAUGUGGGAAAUUCUUUAGCUUUAACUCAAGUCUCAUAAAACACCAGAGAGUUCACACUGGAGAAAGACCUUAUAAGUGCAGUGAAUGUGGGAAAUUCUAUAGCCACAGGUCAAGCCUUAUUAAUCAUUGGAGAGUGCACACUGGAGAAAGGCCUUAUGAGUGCAGUGAAUGUGGGAAAUUUUUUAGCCAAAGUUCUAGCCUCAUGCAACACCGAAAAGUUCACACUGGAGAAAAGCCUUUUAAGUGCGAUGAAUGUGGAAGAUUCUUCAGUGAGAAUUCCAGUCUUGUUAAACAUCAGAGGGUUCACACUGGUGCAAGACCUUAUGAGUGCAGGGAAUGUGGGAAUUAUUUUCGCCACAGCUCGAGCCUUGUUAAACAUCGAAGGAUUCACACUGGAGAGAUGCCUUAUGAGUGCAGCCAUUGUGGGAAAUCCUUUAGCCGGCGUUUCAACCUCACUCAACACCAGAAAGUUCACAGUGGAGAAAAGUCUUGAAUGCAGCUAACUUGGAAAAGUCUACCAAAGCUGAUUCAGCAACAAAACCUUCACAACCUUGUUAGGCCUUAUGAAGUGAUGAUGAAGAAAGUCUUCAGCCAAAGGCUUAGCCUUCUUGGGCACCAGAAAGUUCAGACUGAGAAAAGCCUUAGGAGUGCAGGGCAGGUGCUGUCAUCCUAAAUUAAAUUAAUCUAACUUAAAACUCUGAAAGUAGCCUUUAUGAAGGAGUCAGCAGUUGAACUUCAUUCAUUCAAAUAUGCACACUGGGGGCAGGAAGAGAAUUGCUGACAUAGUACCCCUCCUGAGAAGAUAGCCCUGUGUUGGAGCUCCAGGGAGAAAGAGCCCUGCAUUCUUUGCUGUAUAGGUCUGGAAUGGAGUUUUCAUUUCUCUUCAGUUUGGAGGGAGGAAACAGGGAGUGGUCUUGGUUCAAAUGCAACUGUCUCUUGCUGUUAUUACUGAAUAUUAGAUCUUCUUGAGUAAAUAUUUGUAUUUUCUGUAUACGUGUAGGACCAUUUCCAGAGACUUUGAAUUGUGUUUUUUAAAUUUUUACCAAUUUUAGUGGGAAGCAGGCCUGCAAAGCUCCUCACAGUAAUGCUGGAAGUUGAGCCUAAUUAACUUUUUAAAAACUUGCCAAAUACACUCUAAAAUGGUUAUAAUAUUUCACUUUUGCUCCUGAAGCAUAUUAGAUUUCCAGUUUCUUCAUUUCCCUGCUGACCUUUGUAAGACAUGGGCUAUUCAUGUUAGCCAUUCCAGUAGGUGUUGUAAAGUAUUUCAUGGUGGUUUUAAUUUGCAUUUCCCUAAAGACUCACUGUUGAGCAUUUUUUUGUGUGUUUGUUUGUGAUCCAUAUAUCUUCUUUUGGUGAAUUUUGUGUUCAUAUUUUUUGCCUACUUUUAGAAAAAUUAGUUUCUUACUGGUUUUGUGAUUUGUUAGCACAUUCUGGAUACAAAUUCCUUAAUUUGAUAUAUAUUUUAUCAAUAUUUUCUCAGUCUAUAGCUUUGGUUCUCAGUUCUUAACACUCUCAUAGAGCAGAAUUUAUUAAUUUUCAUGAAGUCCAAUUUAUCUGCUUGUUCUUUGUACAUUUGGUACUGUUAUUUUUUUCUCUUACAGUACUGUAUCUUUGCCUGUAAAUAAAUGUCUUAUCUGAGUAUCCUA